UGGGGUCAGCUCUUUUGAUCAAGGCCGCUAUUAGAUAAGAACAGCGGUGCGGGAGGCUGGCCGCCUUUAUGGGGGUGAGAGAGAAGGGGCGCGGGAGGCGCUGCGGAGAGUUACCGUAUUUGCGUUGGGCAGCUCAGACUCGAGGAAAGAGCCACUGCUGGAGGCCAGAGGAACUGGGGUGCAGCUUGGGCUGGGCCAGUGAUUGCAGCCGGAAGUGCCCAUGACCGAGCUGGCGUCCUCCGGGGGCGGGUCCCCUGCGGGGGACGGGGAGGAGGGUCUGGGGGACGAUCGCGGCCUGGUCAUCCACCACCCCGCGGAGGAACAGCCAUACCGCUGCCCGCUGUGCGGCCAGACCUUCUCGCAGCAGCCCAGUCUGGUGCGGCACCAGAAGGCGCACGCUGGAACGGGCCGCGCGGCUGCCUUCGUGUGUCCCGAGUGCGGCAAGGCUUUCAGCGUCAAGCACAACCUCGAGGUGCACCAGCGCACCCACACGGGCGAGCGGCCCUUCCCCUGCCCCGAGUGCGGGCGCUGCUUCAGCCUCAAGCAGAACCUGCUCACACACCAGCGCAUCCACAGCGGCGAGAAGCCGCACCAGUGCUCGCAGUGCGGCCGCUGCUUCCGCGAGCCACGCUUCCUGCUCAACCACCAGCGCACCCACGCGCGCAUGCCCGCACCGCACCCGCGCCGCCCCGGAGUCUUCGGGGAGCGGAGGCCCUACUUCUGCGCCCGCUGCGGCAAGAGCUUUGCCCGCGAGGGCUCGCUCAAGACCCACCAGCGCAGCCACGGCCACGGGCCCGAGAGCCCGGCGGCCCAUUUAGGCCGCGUGCUCUGAUGAGCAGCGGGCUGGCCGCCGGCUGUUUCCCACCCCAGUCCUGCGUCCGUGACCCCUGGAGAAGGCGCUGGGCUGCAGCCACCUCUCUGGAUGGGAUCCCGGGAGACAGGGAGGGCUGGCUUUGGGUCUGGAAGGAGUGGGCCACCACCCUCCUUGGGCCACCUUUUUCUGCUCCUGGCCCAGGACCCUCUGGCUGGCUGCCCACAGCUGCUUUGGACCCCUGCGUUGAUUUUCCUCCGCAGGCCCACCCGGCUUAGAGCAGAUGUGGAGUGGGCAGGACCUCUGGGCCAUGUGCAAGGCACACCUGGCAGAGAGACUAGGAUGGGACUCUGGGCCUGCGGCCCGGCACAAGGACACAUCCCCUAAGAAGACCUACCUCGGGAGGUGACAGCAGAGGGACCGAAGGAGCCUGGAAUUGGAGGAAGUUCUGUGCCCUAGUGGAAAACCUCCCUGAACCUGCUGGGAGUCACAGCCAGAGAAGAGCUGGUCCCAGCUGCCUGGACGCCAAGCUCCACUCUUCAGGGGCAGCAGGGACAGGUCCUGUGUGGGGAUCCCGCUUCUCUGCACCUGCCUGGUGCACCAGAGACAGCAAGUGACUGGCCUAAGGGAACACAGCCCAUCGAUCAGGCUCCAGAGGCAAAACCUUCCUCCAGGGGGGAAUGUACCUGCAGGCUUCACUCUGCUUUCAGGGCAACAGUUAACAUUUUGGGGUCAUGAAGCCCUUUGAAAGGAUGUCGGAGGUUAUGAACCUUCCUCCCAGGAAAACACAUACUCGUGUAGGGAAGAAUCUACAAGCAGUUCCAGGAGUGCUUGGACUCCAGCCUGGGAUCCUCGGCCCCAGGACUACCCUGCCGCUCUUUCCUUACCUGACAUGGAGCCCCUGGGGUCAAGGCCUUCAUUCAAGCGGCGUUACAUCCCCCCUCCCCCACCAGUCUUCCUCCCCUUGUUCUGGAAUAAAGAAUUCUGAGGAGGGGGCUCUUUCAGUCACUCUUCUCCCAGACCUAACAAACGGUG